AAUAGCAUGUUGUGAAAUUUAGGGAGAGAAAAAUGACUUUAUUAUUUCUAAAAUAGAGUGGAAAUGUCUAAUAUGGUGUCAACAAUGACCUUCACUAAACCAACGCGUAAGCAGUUAGCAACCACUGCGGCAGCGUGUGUCGUAUUUGCAUAUGGAGUGAAGAAACUUUGGCCUCAGCUGUGGCAGAUUUUAAGGACAAGAAAAACACGAAAGCUAGAGAGAGUUUUAAAUAAUCUGGAGAAAAAUACUUCUACAAAAAAGAAAUCAGGUGCUUCUCAUAACGUUGAUCGCAUAUUUUACCAGCAGCUACGGUAUUUAUUGAAAAUAAUUAUUCCAUCAAUAUGGUCGAGGGAAUUCGGGAUUUUAGUACUUCACACUGGAACGUUGUUUGCAAGAACUUUCUUAUCAAUUUAUGUGGCAACACUGGAUGGUCGUAUAGUACAGACAAUCGUAAAGCGGGACUUGAGAAGUUUUCUUAUGAGGUUAACACAGUGGCUCCUAAUUGCUAUACCUGCCACAUUUAUUAAUAGUCUUAUCCGAUUCCUUGAAAGCAAACUUGGUCUCAUGCUGAGAACUCGUCUAGUCAAUCAUGCUUACAAGCAAUAUUUCUCAAAUCAGACUUACUUCCGUGUCAGCAAUCUGGACAGCAGAUUAGCCAAUGCUGACCAGUGUCUGACAGAUGACAUCAGUAUGUUUACCCAGUCUUUGGCCCACCUGUAUUCACACUUAACAAAACCCAUGUUGGACGUAGCCCUGAUAUCAUUUACGCUAUAUUCCUUUGCCAGUAGUAGAGGUGCCAGUUCAAAAUGGCCCACUAUCAUUGCCACUGUAGUAACAAUUAUCACUGCACAAAUUUUGAAGGCUGUCUCUCCAAAGUUUGGAAAGCUUGUAGCAGAGGAAGCAGAUAGAAAAGGAUAUCUGAGAUAUAUCCAUUCAAGAAUCAUAGCAAAUGCAGAAGAAAUUGCUUUCUAUGGAGGACAUAAGGUUGAACAAAACUUACUGGAAAAAGCAUACAGAGCUUUAGCUAGGCAAACAAACUUGAUUUAUGUGAAGAGGCUAUGGUAUAUCAUGCUAGAGCAGUUUCUAAUGAAGUAUGGCUGGAGUGCUAGUGGUCUGAUCAUGGUGGCCAUCCCAAUCAUGUCUGCAAGAGGUGGCGGGAUCAGGGCUGAUGGAUCUUCUGUGGAUGAUGACCCAGAUGGAGGUGUGAGUGAGAGGACCAAGGUUUUCACCACUGCCAGAAAUCUGUUGAUAAACUCAGCUGAUGCCAUAGAAAGAAUGAUGUCUUCUUACAAAGAGAUCACUGAGCUGGCAGGCUACACAGCCAGGGUCACAGAAAUGUUUGAGGUGUUUGAAGAUGUUAACAAGGGAAAGUAUGAAAGAAGCAUGGUAACUAAGGCAGUUCCUGGAAAGGCAAAACAUGCUAAGAUAACAGGACCAAUGGAAAUCAUGGGACAUGUAAUGGACACAGAUGCAACAAUAGACAUUGAGGAUCUGCCCAUUAUCACACCCAAUGGAGAUGUCAUUGUGUCCAGUCUAACACUGAAGAUUGAGCCAGGCAUGCAUUUGCUGAUAACAGGACCAAAUGGUUGUGGGAAGUCUUCUUUGUUCCGAAUUCUCAGUGGACUGUGGCCAGCAUACAGAGGAAAAUUGUACAAACCUCCCCCAAGUAAAAUGUUCUACAUUCCUCAGAGACCUUACAUGUCACUGGGGACGUUCCGAGACCAGGUGAUCUACCCUGAUACACGUGAGGAUAUGGAGGAGAAGGGUUACACAGAUAAACACUUAGAGGACAUUCUCAAGGUUGUCAACCUACAACAGAUUGUAGAGAGAGAAGGAGGCUGGGACUCCAAGAGUGAUUGGAAGGAUGUCCUGUCAGGAGGCGAGAAACAACGAAUGGGGAUGGCCCGUAUUUUUUAUCACAAGCCCCAGUUUGCCUUGUUGGAUGAAUGCACCAGUGCUGUGUCUAUUGAUGUUGAAAGCAAAAUUUAUCAAGCAGUGAAGGAUGAUGGGAUAUGUCUCCUGACCAUCACACAUCGUCCAUCUCUGUGGAAGUUUCACACCCACUUACUGCAGUUUGAUGGGGAGGGAGGCUGGAGAAUGGAAGCUCUGGACACAAAUACUCGUCUGUCUCUGAACGAGGAGAAACAGAGAUUGGAGACACAGCUGGCAGGAAUGCCCACCAUGAAGAACCGACUAAAGGAGCUCUGUUCUAUCCUCGGAGAUGACUCGGUACUGCUGUCUAAGACGGACAGUGUAGCAGACUUCCAGGUUACAGAAGACGAGGACUCUUGAUUAAAAUUAACAAUAGUCCAUUUAACUUAUGAAAUCAAACAAAAGGGUUGCACACACUCAAUAAUAUUACAGGUAGUUAGGAACUUGAAUUUUCCAAUACUUUUGCUUACGACUGUUUUAAAUGGUAGUUACUUAAUAUUUAUUAUUUUUUGUUUUAAAAAAGUUUUUGGGCCUGAAAUUUCUAUUGCAUUAUCUAUUACAAUUACUGGUACAUUCUAUUUCAUUCGAUAAUGGACAAAUCACAAGCUUACAAGUUUUGCACUAGUAUAUCUUACUUUGAAGUUAUUAAAGUUAGUUACAAUAAAAAAAAAACUGUGUUGAAACAAUUCACAAUCUGCCAAAAAAGUUUCCUGUGUCAUUACAGAAUCCUCUUUCCAUAGUUUUCCUCUGUUUACAAUUCUUUUUUAGUUGAUUUAACUCCAUGUGAAUGAUGUUACCUUUAUGAUUUU